AUGGUGGUGCCGAGGAACGCGACGCUGCAGUUCGACUAUACGCGGGUGUUCCAGCAGGUGGUACGAGCGGGGCAGUCGGUUAUCAUCGAGGAGUGCGAGGAGGAGCAGGUGGAAUCGCCGCACGCCAAGGACGCGCUCCCGGGAAAGGAAAAGGAGAAGAAACUACCUCAAGUUAAGGUGAGACCCAGGCCUGAAAAGGGGAAAUCGCUCUGGAGUCGGCUCAAGAACAAGGAGAAGAAACUACCUCAAGUUAAGGUGAGACCCAGGCCUGAAAAGGGGAAAUCGCUCUGGAGUUGGCUCAAAAACAAGAUUUUUCGUAGAGAAGGAAGGCAAAUAUGUUCAGAACAUGUGAAGCACCAGAUUUUUCGUAGAGAAGGAAAGCAAAUAGGUUCAGCACAUGUGGAGCACCAGACACGUCCCAUCAAUGAAGUAAGGAAUCGUUAUAUGGUUUCUUCUUACGAGGCGAACCAUCUUGAUGCCUAUUCGGAAAUUAGACUGGUGAUUGGAGAUGGGGAGUGUUUCUACAGGAGCUUCAUAUUUUCCUACCUAGAGCAAGUUAUUGAUAGGCAGGACACAGAUGAGGAGCAUCGUCUCCUUGAUGUUGUUGAAAGAAUGUCUGUGCAACAUGCAAAUCUUGGAUGGAACUCUGAGUUUUCCAGGACCAGCAGAGCAUUUAAGGAGCUGAUUGAGAAAGUAAUGAGAUGGAAGGGCACGGAAUCAACUAGCAGUUGCCGUAAAGAGGAACUUCUCCAGUUCUUCAGCACGUAUGAUGAGACGCAAGACAUUUUUGCUUUCCUCAGAUUACUAGUAGCUAUCCACAUAUGCUCGCACAGUGAGGAUUAUGUACCGAAUAUACCAGAGGUCGACCAAGGAAAUUGCAGUCUGGAAGUUUGGUGCUUCGAGCAGGUCAUUCCAGCUCGUGUGGACGCGGACCAUGUUAUGUUGGUGGCUUUGGCCACAGCGCUUGAGGUCCCCCUCAGAGCGGAAUCAUUCCAACAAGGAUAUGCUCGAGAUAUCUACACUGGUCCUGGAUUUCCCCGUCCGAGUGUGACCCUGCUGUACACAGGAAAUCACUACAACAUCAUCUACCCACGUGCUCCUUCUGCUGAGAGUUCAAGUCAUCAGGCUUCCAAGAGAGAAGAUCCUGCUGAUCAGAGUUCAAGUCAUCAGGCUUCCCAGAGAGAAGAGCCUGCUGGUCAGAGUUGA